GUGUCGGGCAAGAAGAAUGCCUAAGUUCAAACGAUGAGACAAUUCAUCUCACCUCUAAAUCUACAAGUACGGCACCUGCACUCGCGUCUUUGAUACCCGAGUUGCAUCGCUGGGACUGACACUCUUUGCCUUUUGGUGGAAUUCCUGAACGUAGCAUGUCAAACGUUGCCAACUGCUCCGGUAAGCGUGUUAAUGACAACCUACAUCUCUGCGCCCACUUUGAUCUUUCCGAUUUGGUACAGUGCUUGGCGAGCGACUGCGGUGAUACGAGCAUGGAUACCCCUCGCUGCAACGCUCCUCAAUGCAAACAUGACAUUACCGAGAUGCUCGUGUCCUCCAAUUCGCGCAAGAAAUAGUUCAACCUAUUUUGCGAUUGCCGUUGUGUACGACGCGGUAAGUCUACGACGAUGGUCAGACUAUCAGUGGUUGUCAGCAGGUGCAUCUAGGCAGCCAGAGAGUUUGAUCUGGUUUUCAUUCCGCUCGAGUUUGUUUCUAUCAUAGCUCCUUGGUUUAUACAUAAUGUCCACCAUUGCACUUCCUGGG